GUUUACAUUACACAGUUAUAAGGACGAUAAAAUGUAUGUUAUAUCAUGUGUAAUACAGUAGCAUGAGGCACAGAUGUCUAUAACUUUGUCCUUUCUCAUCCUUAGUUCCCAGGAUAAGCAGUGACUAAACCAGCAUUUUUCUUUACUGUUGUUAUAAAAUCCUUUUGUGAUGAAUCCAGCAUCAUUCUUGUUAUUUUAGCGCAACAGCUCAUGCAGAUGAUGCUGUUUGUGAGCAUCAAUCACAAACAUAACCACUGCUAACAUUGGUACUUUCUUUUCUCUCCAAGAAGAGUCCCAGGUACCAUGCACUCAAAGUUGGCAUGUAUGAUUCAUUUUUAAUUGUACAGUCACUUUUCAGGUAUCUUUCUAUUUUUCUUGCUAAAUUUCACUUGUUUUGUGUAGCUUGCUUUCCUCUCUUUUAUUGCAGGUGGGAAGAUUGGGUAUUCCCCUGAAAAGACCACAAGUUUGAUCUCAAAUCCUGCCUGUCUAGGAUCUUGAGAAUUAGCAAGAAUCAAGGACCAUUUGUGGCAUAUUGAAGCUGUUCAUUAGCACAGAGAAAUUUAGGUUGGAAGGGACCUCUGGUGGUCAUCUGGUCCAACCUCCUGCUCAAACUAUGCUCAACUAGAUCAGGUAUAUAUUUACUGAGGUGCGAGAUGUCUGCCCUGAGGCUGAUUUCUAACAGAACCUCCCAGCAGGCCUCCUCUAACUCUGAUUACACCUGGGAGUACGAGUACUAUGAGUACGGACCAGUGUCAUUUGAAGGCCUGAAGGCUCAUAAAUAUUCCAUUGUGAUUGGAUUUUGGGUUGGUCUUGCGGUUUUUGUCAUCUUCAUGUUUUUUGUCCUGACCCUGCUGACGAAGACAGGAGCACCACAUCAAGACAAUGCAGAACCUUCUGAAAAAAGAUUUCGCAUGAAUAGCUUUGUAGCAGAUUUUGGAAGACCUCUGGAGUCGGAGAGGGUCUUUUCUCGUCAAAUAGCUGAAGAAUCCCAGUCACUCUUCCAUUUCUGUAUUAAUGAAGUGGAACAUUUGGACAAAGCAAAACAAAGUCAGAAAGGUCCAGGUCUGGAAAAUAACGUCCACUUCCAGGAAGUUCCCAGGAGCAGUGGAAUGUUUGAGGAGGACGUAAAUUGUCUUACAAAAUUUAACAUUCCUAACUUUGUGAACACUGAGCAGAACUCUUCACUAGGUGAGGACGAUCUCCUCAUCUCAGAGCCACCAAUCGUUUUAGAAAGCAAAUCAGUCAUGCAAUCUUCCCAUCGGAUCCUUGACUGAAAAGUCUUUUACUUUAAGGUAAACAUUACUGUUAUUGUCCAGUUUGAAGCCUUUCUUGGCCUUCUAGUAUUUUGAUAGAAGGUAUUUCAGGCCUGUGCUUUUUAUUGUAUGUAAGACUGGCUGUGCUGACAGAAUUCAGUUUAAACAAGAAGUAAAACACUAAAUGCUUUAUUCUGAUGCCUUCUGUGGUCUAAACUUUUUGCCCAGCAUUAUUUUUGCUUCCUGAUUUUUUUUUUCUUGUUUUCUUCUGUUUUUAAAUGACUGCUUAUGUCCAGCUUCUGAAGGAUACCAUACUAAUUUGUGGGGGCUAUGAAGGCUGGAGCCUGGCACUGGGAGGUGUAUGAAAACUCCUUGGCCAAGAAAAGUGUAAACCUUAAAUUAAGACUGAAGCAAGGAAUAAACAGGCAGCCCCCUGGGAGGUUCUGCAGCUUUUGCCACUCCCAAAAAGGACACCUGAGACUAAGCAGCACAAUGGAUAUCUGCUUGGUGUUAACUUCAGUUUCUGAUUUCUAACUGCUUUUUGGUGCAGGUGAAAUCCAACUUACAAAGCUUCCAGAGGGAAUACCUUGCAUAACUGUUUGGUUACAGUGUUUACAAAAUGCUACCACCACCUGCUGCUGAGGUAAAAGCAAAUUGGUGCCUGUAAUUGUAGUACUUCAGAGUGACAUUCUGACAGCUGCCCAGUGCUGACCAUGACCUGGAAUUAGUGUUCUACACAAACAGUAAUUUGACUUUUUUUUAAUUGCUGAUGCAAACUUCCAGUUUGGUAAGUGCAGGAUUCAGUAGGUAAAUCACAGGAAAUCAGAUGAAAACUAUUCUUUGUCAGUAGAGUUACUAUAUGCAAACGGUGGUUGUCUGUUAAGCUGGUGUUAUGCUUUGCUUAUAGGCUGAACCUCCUAUGCUUUUUGGCUCUAUAAACAGCCCUUCCUUGCCAGUAGGCCAGUGAAGGGGUAGCAGGCUUUCAGUUGUUCAGAGGACCAGCUCCAAAAGCAGAGCUAAGGUGCACUUGCUCCAUCUUCUUUUUGUACUCAGUUGGGAUGGUGUUGCAACCACAGCUGUUCUCCCAGGGAAAGGUUUGUUAAGGAAUUGAAUAGAUGUAAUUUCAACCUUUAAGUUUACUUUUUAGAGAAGGAAUAAGGUUCUGGAACUUAGCCAGUACUUAAAUCAUGUUUCAGCUUUCUUCAAAAGAUUGUAACUAAUGGCCAAAUGGUUUUAGAUGCAGAGGAACCAGGUUCAAAUCCUUUGCUGGAUUUGGAGUAAGAGUGCUCUGCAGGAAGUUCUUAACUCAAAUGAAUCUAGGGGAUUCAGGAUACUGUGCCUGAGUUUUCUUGAAGCUAGCCUGCUAGGUAUACAACAUGUUUGUAUCAGAGUGAAAAUGUAGCAAGGGCUUGCUGAUACAUUCUUCAGAUACUUAAAUGCUGAUUAAUUCAUUCUUCCUUCACCUGACAAAUACAAAAAUUAGUGAAUGUGUUGUGCAUUUAAAGAAUACAAAGACUGAGGGAAAUCUCUUUUGGUUUUAUGUCCUGUGACCUUAUUAUAAACCACUUAUACCUAAAUUUCCUGUUUUCAGAUUUAAUUCUUGCACUACUUCCUAGUGUUUAAAGUAAUGGGAUUAUACUUAAAGCAAAGCAGAGACUGUUUAAAACUAGCAGAUUAUUGUUGAAAAUAGUUCCCAAGAGAAGAUUGAGGUGAACCCUGUUAUAAAUGAGCAUAGCUGCAUGGGUUGCAAUGUAGGUCUCCAGUAUGCUGCUUCAGGUGCAAAAAAGGCCUCCUUUUACAGUAAGUACUUCACAACUAUGAAGGCUGUAGCUGUGGACUUCCCUUUUCCCUUCCCAAAUUAAGAAAUUUGGGAAAUCUGCUUUCUGAAUGUGGCAACUGCUUCCUGCUAAGGUACCUCAAACAACUGUUAGCUAUCUGGUAGUUGAGCUUUGUCUGAACUGAAGCUCAGUAUUUUUCUUACUAACAAGCUCUGGGACUUCUACUAAAGGUAGCUUUUAUAGCCUACUUCUGGAUGAGUUAGCUGCCUUCAGUGAUGUUUGAUAUAUUCUUUUUUUUUUUUUCCUUUGCUAUGCUUGAAAACAGAACAUGCUGCUUAAAUGAGGAGAAAAUCUCUGUAGAAUCCAUCCCCCCUGCAAUUGAGAAAUGAAGCUUAUUUUUAAAGCAUUUGAAACUUAGUUUUAAAAUAAUGUAGGUCUGGUUUUAGAAAAAGAAAAGCUUGCUAUUCCCAGUGGGCUAACCUAAGCUUUUCUUCUGCUACCUUGAAUAUUUGUGGCUUUUGUUUGGGUGCAUAACUGCUAAUUUGGGGAAAAAGGAGAAGUAUCCAUGUGUAUGGAUGCUGGUGCCAACGCCUAGAUGAAAGGUAUUUAAUAACAUGAUCAAAGGAUAACUUAAUUUACAACACACUUGAAUUGUAAUCUUAGUGUCCUUCUGAAGCAUGUAUUAAUCCUGUAAAGGUAUUCAAGUGUUUUUGGUUCCUGCUUUUGUUCUUCCCUGAUGGUUCUUCUGCUUUUUUCAUCUUAUCUCCCUUCUAUCUUUAAAGUCAUCCUUCAUGCUGUUUUUUACAGAAAAAUAACCUGGCAGUCCCCACUGCACAGCUCCCACAUGACUUCAGAAGCACUGUAGCAGCAAUACAGUCUGAUUCAGACUUUUGCUCUGCCUCUCCAUUAGAGCAGAGUCAAAGGCAAAGGCAGAAUCUUUCUGCAGUCUUCAAAAGCAGUUAUGUUAAAGGUGUUCGUUCAUUCUUUUUCCUUUUUAAGAACCAAUAGACGUGAUGUUGUGCCUUCAGGGAAAGGGGAUUGGUGUAAUAACCAACUUUGUAUAACAUUGAAAAAGUUCAUCUCUUCCCAGAAAACCAAAAUGAAUUGGUUUACUAUGAAUUGAAUAGAAAGUGCUUUGACCAGGGUAAUCCUUCAAAAGGAGUACUCAGAAUUUAAUGGUGUUUGAAAAUCAAAUUAUUGCAAGUUUUCUUACUGCUUGGGCUGUCUGUUUCAGAGCCUUUUCUCAAAACUCACUCUAAAUGCAUCACCUGUGGUAGAUUUAACCUCAUGUAGAGUUCCCCUAAGAUAAUUACGUAUGUUUGUUUGCAUAAACAUGUAUUGUGUUCUGUAAGAACUUACUAGGUCAAGUUAUGUAUUCUGGUUUUCAAGGGUGAAUAUUUGUGAAAUGUUCUUCUGUGUAAACAAGUUUCAGUUGUGUACCUUUUUAAAAAAAAAAAUCCCUGAACCCUACAAUGUAAAAUCAGAAAAUGCCUGCUCAUAGAGAAAAGAAAGGGAAAGGUAAAACCAUGAACUUUUCUAAAAUCCAGUGAUACAUGGUCUCUGAGGCUAAAAGGUGAAGUAAAUGAUGUGUAUUUGUCAUGCAACUUAGUAUUUUUGCACCUGAGCUGUAGCUCUUGAAUACUUGUUACUGACUUUUUUUGCCACUCUGUGAUUAAAAGAACCCCACAAAACCCUUCACAAGCCACUGGCAGAGGAGGAAUUUGAGUGUGCUUUUCCCCUUCUACUCUGCUCUAUCCUCCUGGCAGUGAAAGAUGACAAAGCUAAAUAAAUCAGCAG